AUGGUCCUUCUGACUUCAUCGACCGUGUCCGCCAUAGUCUCGGGAGGAGUUGUUUGCUUAUUCACCUUCCUCCUGUUUCUAUCCGGAUACGUGCUACAACAACAAUCAGUCCGGUCGAUUCAGGAAGCCAUCCGAAGACCGCCCGAGCCGCAACCCGUGCCAACUUUACCGCCUCAAUUUCGAGAGCCCGAGAAUGACACCUUCGGAGCUGUGUUAGAGCAGCCUGAAGGGGAUGCGGAUUCCGUAGUUGGGAGCCGAGGCCCAUGGGCAGACUCUAUCCAAGUACCAGUGGUUGCGGCGACACAGGAGCAAAACCCAAGGAAAGACUUGCCACCUCAGCGACUGGCGUACAUAUUCGCCCUUGAGGAACCAUCGCAUCUAUGUUCGGCACUUCUCUUCGCCAAACAACAACGAUCAACAAGUCGACUGCCAAAAGAGCCGUCGAUCGUCCUCCUCUACCCGUCGACGUGGGAGUCGGAUUCGUCGACGCUGUUCACCUCCGCACUGAGCUUCAUGCGCGACGUGCAAGAGCUCCACGAUGUCGUGUAUCGCCCAGUGCAGAUUCGAGAUGCUCGGAACACUCGGGCCUUGCUCCUCGGGGAGCUUCAGUGGGGAAGGUGGGAUUACGACCAGGCACUGUACCUGCGGUCACCGGGGAUGGUUCUCGACAUCCAGAGUCUGGAUACUACGCUCGCAUCGUUAGAUACAAGACAGUCGUGGGCACCUUUGAACCCUUCGUCCGGAGACAAUCCUGAGGUCCUCCUCAGAACACCGCGAGGUCUGCAGAGUCCGAGGGGGCCGACGAGAAAGCUGGUGCUCUCGGCAAUUCAACAAAACGAAGAGUCUGGCGAGAAUGGGGAAAGUGCGAAGAUGUUGCGAGGAGAUUCUGCGUAUGUGUUGUUCGACGACCAGCUUCUGAGUGAUGAAGACCAGACUGAGUUGUACAACGACUUGAAGCACCAAUUCAAUAAGGACAGGAGAACAGUGUGCGAGGGUAGCGGCCUGUUGAACGACAACGAGAUGCCAUAA